UCUCGCUCUCCAAAUGGGAAAGUAUCUAAUCUAAAUGACUGUCUGCGGCGCUUGAAGUGCAAUGCAACCCUCUCUCCUCCACCGGAACAGCUGGCUGGCGGUCGCUUCAGUUCAGAAGAGAAGCGACGGAUUGAGGUUGAUUGAAGCACAUAUAGAAAGAGGAGGAAAGAGAAAGAGAGGGAGCAGAGAAACUGAAUUCCAGCGAAUUAAUCACCGUCUGUUCCACUGUGUGUGUGUGUGAGAGAGAGAGAGUCAAAGACUGUCAAAUAGAGGGAGAGAGAGGGAGAGAGAGAGAGAAAGAGAGAGGAGGGGGGAGUGGAGCCUGACGCAGUGUGAGAGGCAGAAACUGAGAGGAGAGAGACAGAGAACGAGGGAGACAGAGGCGAGGAGGCAGCACAUCACAUCAGGCGCCGUUUUGCAUCCCAAAACCUUGACGCGGGUGAAUCGCCACACUGGCUGCUGCUGCUGCUGCUGCGAGCACCGAGUCCCUUCCCGGUCACUGCUCUUCACAGAGACCGCAGAGGAGACAGGAGCGAGCUGGGAUCAAAUCAGUGACAGACAGAGACUAAAAAAAGAAAAGAAAAAGAGAGAGAGAGAGGCAUAUCAACACAACCACACAUACUACCAGAGGCAACGAGCGGACCGUUUUGCUGAGGAGAGACCCGCGAGGCGAAGCGGCGUCCUCUUCCACGUUGGCAUCUGGAACAGUGAUGUGAAAAGCGCGCUGAGACUGAAGGCUCAGCUGGUUCGGAGAGGUCCUCCAUCUGCAAAGGGACGAGUUCUCACACCAAGUACAGAGCAGCGAGCAAUGAGGAAGAAAGAAAAGAGGUGCUUAUCCAAUCAGAGAUGCAGAUGGCCACGGAAGACAUGAGUAUCAGCCAAUCUGGCACAAGGAUGACUGCUAUUUGCCAAUUCAUACAUUACAAAUCAAAUGUGACCCCUUAAUUAAACAAUUGAUACAGUUUACCUAGACCCACAUACUGCCAAUGAAGUGAUAUAUCCCAUUCCUGCACUCAUUUCUACUUUGAUAAAUCCCUAAUUCCUUACACUAGUUUAACAAUUUCAAUUUACAAUACACCUACAAGAAACAGGAGCAUUUACCAUGCUGUGACCACGUCAAAAGCAGAACAGACAUUAAUCUGAAGAAACCACCAAGUCACCACAUUGAGAUAUUUCUGUAUAACCAAGCCCUCAUUCCCUUUCAAAUGGCGCCAGCCUGCUUGAAUAAAUGUUAGAUGGCAAGCAUCUCUGGACGGCUUUCUCCAAUGGAUAUUGCGACACCAUCCCAAAUGGCCCAGUGCAGAGGACAGCAGAGACAUAAUGUGACUGGAGGUUCUUCAUCAGUGGUCCUGUCCAGAGCCAGCUCCUUCAUUUGUUGGCUCACACUGCUGUCAAUAAUGCGGUUGCCAAUGGUUACAGCUGACUGUUGGCUCAUCGAGGGGGAGAAGGGCUUUGUGUGGCUGGCUAUCUGCAGUAUGAACCAGCCGCCUUAUGAGGCCAUCCCCUCCCACAUUAACAGCACCAUUGUGGAUCUGAGGCUGAAUGAGAACAAGAUACGGUCUGUCCAUUACUCUUCGCUCAGUCGCUUUGGCAACCUAACCUAUCUGAACCUCACCAAGAAUGAUAUCAGCUAUGUGGAAGAUGGAGCAUUCUCAGCACAAUUCAACCUCCAGGUUCUCCAGAUGGGCUUUAACAAGUUGAGGAACCUGACAGAGGGGAUGCUUCGAGGCCUGGGCAAGCUGCAGUAUCUCUACCUGCAAGCCAACCUCAUCGAGACUGUUACACCUAACACCUUCUGGGAAUGUCCCAACAUAGAGAAUAUAGAUCUCUCCAUGAACAGGAUCCAGGUGUUGGAUGGCAGUUUGUUCUCUGGACUCUCUAAGCUGACUACCUGUGAACUUUACACAAACCCCUUCAACUGCUCUUGUGAGCUUCUGGGUUUCCUGCACUGGCUCGCAGCCUUCCCCAACAGGACCAGUGAGAGGAUGGUGUGCGAUUCCCCUGUUGGAUUCUCUGGCUUCAACCUCCUGAGCCAGAACCCUCGUAUGCCUACCCAACGCACCGCUCUACACGUGCUCAGUAUUGUAUGCACAGAUGAUGGCAGUAGCGUGACACCUUUCUAUGCCAUCAGUUCAGCUGAUUCAACCACCCUGUCCCCCGAUGCUGCCUCUCCCUGCGGACUGGACGAUUGUGCUUCUGGGACCCCUCCUGAUGAGGUAAUCAGCUUGAGCCCCAUCUUUGACAGUCCGUUAAUGACCCUAAAGCAGGUGCUACAUUCAAGCGCUGUGAUAACAGUUCAGAUCCCUCAUCCGUACAAGAAAAUGUACAUCCUGGUGCUUUAUAACAACAGCUUCUUCACAGAUAUCCAGACUCUGAAACAUAUGAGAGAAAAUAUCGAGCUCAAAAACUUAAAACCUAACACUGACUACACAUACUGUGUGGUCUCUAUACGAAACUCCCUGCGCUUCAACCACACCUGUCUGACCAUCUCCACUGGCCGCCGGGCGGACCCUGAGAGGGUACCCAAUCAGUCAUCAGCUACUCACUACAUCAUGACUAUUUUGGGGUGCUUGUUUGGCAUGCUGCUCUUCCUUGGCCUCGUCGUCCACUGCCUGAGGAAGAAGAGGAUCAUGGAGGAGAAGGAGAGAAAGAUGAGCAGGAUCCAGAGGACUCUGAUAGAGCUCAAGUAUGGUGGUGAAGGGGAUAUAGAGGGAGGGAGUGGAGGAUCUGUUUCCCAGAAGCUUGCUGCUGGGGACAGUCUGUCCCGAAUGCCGUACCUGCCUCAGGGUGGUGAGAUUGAUCCAUACAAGCUGCAGGAGGUGAUAGAAACACCAGCGCACAAGCCUGCUAAACUUAACUACAUGGAGGUCAGAGGAUCCGGAAUAGAGCGGGAGAGAGAACGAGAGAGAGAAAGGGAGAUGUCGCCACAAGCAAAUCCCCAGGGCUCUGUAGCAGAGAUCUCUACCAUUGCUAAAGAAGUUGAUAAAGUUAACCAGAUCAUUAACAACUGUAUAGAUGCUCUCAAAUCUGAGUCAACCUCCUUCCAGCAGGGGAUCAAAUCGCCCUCAUCCGCAGGUGGAGGAGCUGUUUCAACUGCAGAGCCACAGCUGGUGCUUCUCUCAGAGCAAGGAGAGAGAGGGGAAAGAGGUGGUGAGUUCCUCUCCCCGGUGUAUAAAGGAGGGAGAGGAGGAAGGGAAGAGAGGGGGAGAAGCUACCAUCAUUCUCUGCAGCGACACCACAGCAUGGAGGCUCCUCCAACCUCCAAAAGGCCCAGCACUUCCUCUUCCCCCGGCUCUGCCCGCAGCCCACGCUCCUUCCGCUCAGAGGGAGGUUACCACUCAUCAGAGACCCGCUAUAUCGAGAGGACAUCACCUGGAGAGAGAGGAGGAGGCGGGGGAGGAGAGGCCAUCCGCACAGUCACCCCAGCAGCAGCUAUUUUGCGAGCAGAAGCCCAGAGAAUACGCCAGUACAAUGAACACCGCCACUCUUAUCCUGGCUCCCAGCAGCACCUCCAGGAGCUGCAGCACCACCCUCAGAUUUUGCAGGAGCUCCACCACCACCCAGGGGGUCGCAAGCCUUCUGUGUUAGACCCCCUCACCCUCAGCAGGCAGGCAAAGCAGCGGGAGUUGGCCUACUCCCAGCUCUCACCUCACUACCCACUCUCACCCCAGUACCACAACCUCAGCUACUGCUCCAGCCCCGAGGAAGAUGAAGAGGAGGAAGGGCUCCUGUGCACCCCAACCCUAGGCUUGUGGGAGAGGUUCAAGCUGCACCGUAAGAGGCACCGGCAGGCAUCAAUGGAGGAUGAAGGAUAUGUGGCAGCCGGACACGCGCUGAGGCGAAAGGUUCAGUUUGCCAAGGAUGAGGAUCUUCACGACAUACUGGACUACUGGAAGGGCGUGUCUGCCCAGCAGAAGGCCUGAUCCCACGCCUGAAGACCCCAAACACUUUGAAGAUGGAAAGAUAGCACUGCACCCAUAACAUAUUGAUGCAGAUACACAGACUGAUACAAAAAAGACCUGUAAAUACACACAAACACACACAACUUGCAGGAUCUACAGAUUCAGAUUGCACACAUUAAUGGAUAUACACACAAACACUGGCUCACACUUUACACAAACUAAGCCUUUUCUUCUGAGAACAUGAAGGAGGACCAAACUAAUAUAUUAUAUUGAACAACAAAAAUCAUAACGUAUAGAGAGACUGAGUUACUUUUUGUAAUGUAAUGAAAAUUAUAGCUCAGACUGAUGUAGCUAUUUGUACUAAGUUUUGAAUGAAGAAAUUUAAAAAAAAAGAAUCAACAUUAAGAACAGAAACCUUAAUUGUUGCCGGGCAACUCAUCCUGAACAGCCUGGCUAUGCUUUUGAUCUGCCUUGAGACUGACAUUCAUCAUUCCUGACCACGGCAGAUUAACCUCACCGAUUCUCAUUAUGUCGGUGGCUUGAUCAAGAUUUUUGCGUUGCUGAGGAGGUGGUUUUUUGCAUCGCGUCCUGCGAUACAACCGCAAGAGCAGACACGCUGAAAGAUUUGCCGUGAUUUAAAACAUCGGAACGAGAAAUUCUGGAUGGGUCGCCAGGCAACAGAAAUAUUCAACUGUGCUGAGAAUGAGUAGGUAGCUCUCACCAGAGAGUGAAUAUAAUGUGCCAAAUCAACCAAGGGAAUAGUAGAGCCCUACUGUGUACCAACAUCUCCUCGCCACUGUUUUUAUAUACAGAAUUUAAAAAACUUAGAAUGAUAUGUUGUUAUUACUAUUAAUUAUUCUUAUUAUCAUUACUGGUCUUCUUAUUAUUCCUAUGAUCCUCAUCAUUAAUAUUCUAUUAUUUGAAUAUGGCAUGGCUCUGUCGUGUGACUGUGUUUUGACUGUUUUGAACCUCUCAUCUGAGAAGUGCACACUAACAGAGACAAACAGUACGAUGGACGAGACAUUUGAUUUCUUCUUUUCUACCAAGAGGAAUGUGCUCUCUGCUGAGCCAAAAACAAACCCGUCUUUUCUCUUGGUGAACCCCUGCUACACCUGCUCCUCAUCCUCCUAAAGAGGGAACGCUGUACAGAUGAGAGAGAGAAGUUCUAUAUUUGCAACAGAGGUGACUGUUUUGUUUGUACAACAUGGUUUUGAAAUCUUUCAGACUUUUCAGAAACCAGAAUCCCAAGUUAGUUACCUACCUGCUCACUUACAAUGGUACGUUUUUGAUUUUGAAAUCGAACUAAAAAUUCUAAUCUUCAAAUGAAUGUCUUCAAUUCCCACAGGGGAAACAUAUCUGCACUGUUCAAAAUCAAGAAACGACUCUUAGGAAAAGACCUAAAACUCUCAGCUUCCUUCCCGAUACACUGUAGCUCCACUGUGUUUUAUCAACAACUCAUUUUUUCCCCUCUCCCCAUCUCCCAAGUUUUUACUUUUUGUUUUUUGGAUUCCUCUGGUUCCACUGUGGUGCCAUUGUGCCAACUUGAUAAAUCACAAAGAAGUAUUUGAAAUGAUUUUAAAUACUACUAUUUACAGACCUCUCUUCUCCUUCACAUCGAUACACAUUAGUUUGCCAAACAGAACAACAAUUUGCACAAAACGAUCCACCACCAUUGGCUCACUGCUCCCCUUCUAUCCUCCAAUCAUUUCUAAAGACCAAAGUACUGUGGUAGUAAAAUUGACCCCUAUAGCCCCUGACCUGGCCCCAACUAUUCACCCACCAUCACCCUUACAGUUGCUUUACUUUAGCACAUGUAUACACACACAUACAAGUGUACUCAUGCACACACAGCCACAACCACACACAGAUGAAUGUAUUCUCUGAGAAAUUAAUACUGUUUAGCAGCUGGUUUUUCUGUUUCUGAUGUAUGAGCUGUAUUCAAACAGUGUCUUCAUCUGUCUGGCAGAAAACUUUCAUCAGAUGGCCACUUGUGUUUCAGGAUUGGAGAUAAAUAAGGAAUAUUUGACUUUCAAAAAAAAAGAAAAAAAUCAGACCAAAUCUUUGCCCACUGAGGGCAGAUUCUCAUGGACAACUUUCCUAACACCAGUCUGUGUCACAGACUGAACCAAAUGUUGUCUACGAGAAGCCCAAAAUUGCAGAUGGCUACUGAUGUAAUAGCAAUGGGGUUCUGCCUUAUCAAAGGUUUUCAGCUGAAAAAGUUCUAGAUAUAAGAAGUGUUUAAGUAGUGUGAUUAGUAUCACUAGUGUGGUGAAAAAAGACUACAUGUAUAACUGCAAUAUCUGCAGGAUUUAAAAACAGGAGGCUGAAAAGAGGAGAAAAAAUGUGAUAACAAAAAUACUGCUGUUUAUCCUCUACAGAACUGUGCUACAACAAUUCAUUUAAGAAGACUGUAAACCGGGGAUGGAGUCGAGAACAUUUCAAUUCAGUGGAUUUUGAAAUUAACAAGCUUGUAGUGUUCACAGUACUGACAAACAAUUUGUAAUUACAAAUGCUUGACUGACUGAAUCGCACCAAGUCCGCUUUCUGAAUUGAAACAGAAUUGACUCCAACCUUACAAAAGAAAGAGGAACAACAGAGCUGGCAAACAAUGAAAAGUUUAUUGGUGAAUGGAAACACUGUAUAAAAUAUCUUUUCUCUGCUAUAAUGAGUUCAGAAUGCUCAAGUCAUUAAGCCCAGUUAAAGCCAUAAUCGUGGGUUAGUGAAAUCACCACUGCUGUUUGUAGCACUGCUAAAGCACAUUUAAUUGUGUGUUUUCAAAGAGGCAGUUUUUUUCACCGUACUCACUGCAGCAGCUAUGACAUGGUUCCUCUGCUUCUGCAGCAAAUGACUCUGAUCCAAAAGGAAACUGAUGAGCCGUGGUUGUUUCUGCAUUACACGUCCCAGAUUGUGGCUUUAACUAAACAACAGCCUUAAAAACAUUCGAUUUUCUUUAAUCUUUUUAACUUAAGCAUUGCUUUGAAAAUCGAAAAAAAAUCUUUGUUUCUUAACUUAUACUUUCCUGACUGCAAUUUUGUAAUUGCUUGACUCUUAAGCCUCACUUGAGCAUUCUUUGAGUAACUGUAAUAUCAAUGUAGCGAUGUAUUAAACUGUUUUUGUUUUUUUCUGUUCUGUUUAUGAACAAUAAUGGCUUGAAUUUAUCAUGUGUCAGAGAGUAGCAGAGCUAGUCUAGAAUCAGACGACGACGAGCAGACGGUCAAGGCGACCAGUUGACAGUGACCCUAAUCAGCGCUGCUAUUCUUUGAAGCGUGAUGAAGAGAAACUGUGUUUUUGAAACAACAAUGCCUAGAAAGUGGAAAUAAAUAGAGGUCCUUCUGACAACAGACAGAAACGACAAUGGAGCAUGCUGCAAGGAAAUCUUCAGUGGAAUGUUGUGAUAUAUUCUUCUGGUGAAUGACUCAGGAGUGAGAGAGCAAGAGAUAGAGAGAUAGAUAGAGAACGCUCUGCCAUAGGAUCUCUCAGAGGCUUUCUUUAUUUUCUUGUCAAAAAAUUUAAAUGAGCACAAUAAAAUAGCCUUUCUUU